AUGCCGAAACCCCUCACCCUCGCCGUCGCCCAAUCCCGCACCCUCUCAACUACACCCCUCACUCUCGCCGCCCUCGAACGAACAACCCGCCACGCGUCCCAUCGCGGCGUCAACAUCCUUCUCUUCCCCGAAGCCUACCUCGGCGGCUAUCCACGCACAUGCUCCUUUGGCACCGCUGUGGGCCACCGCGAACCCCAGGGACGAGACCAAUUCUUGAAAUAUUUUAAUUCCGCGAUUGAUCUAGGUGAUACACCACUUGGUGCUGGGGAUGAUUGGGUUGACAGAAAACUGCCCGUAGCGAAAGGGAGAGAGUAUCGUGGCGAUGGGACGAGAGAAUCUUUGGAAAAAGUUGCGAGGGAGACGGAUGUGUUUAUCGCGGUGGGAUUGAUUGAGAAGGCUGGUGGGAGUUUGUAUUGUGCUGUUGUAUAUGUUGAUCCGAAACGGGGUGUGUUGGGGAAGAGGCGGAAAGUGAUGCCUACAGCAACAGAGCGCUUAAUAUGGGCUCAAGGAUCCCCCUCAACCCUCAAAGCGGUGACAACCGAAAUCAACGGCGUACAAUUAACUAUCGGAGCAGCAAUUUGUUGGGAGAAUUACAUGCCCCUUCUUCGUCAGAGUCUGUAUUCACAAAACGUCAAUUUGUAUCUUGCGCCGACGGCGGAUGGACGCGAUACUUGGCUUCCGCUUAUGCGGACAGUGGCGUGUGAAGGUCGUGCUGUGGUGUUAUCUGCUAAUCAAUGCGUGCGAAAGAGUGAGCUGCCGGAUUGGAUCACGGGUGUUUCGUCUACUUCAGUCGUCCGCGGGAAGAAGGAUGGAGAGACGAAACAGAAAGAUCCGCAGGAAAUCACAUGGCCGCAAUCAGCGGGUGAACAGUUACAUCCUGACAAGAAGAGAGAUCAGAUGUAUGCCAACCCAUCAUCAGAAGAAUACAUCUCCCACGGCGGCUCCUGUAUAAUCGGACCCCUAGGCGAAAUCUGCGCCGGUCCAAUCUGGGACGUCUGCACAGACGACAACGAUCCAACCUCCACCAACUCAAAUGCAAUAGGAGACGGUCUAGUCAUCGCCACAAUCGAUUUUGAGGAUUGCGAAAGGGGGAGAUUGGAUCUUGAUGUUGCGGGGAGUUAUUCCCGGAAUGAUUCUUUUAAGCUUACGGUUGAAGGGUUGGAUUUGAAUCCGCCUCCUUUUUAA